AUGGAUAAAGUCGCAAGUACCCUCAAGCAAUUCGUACGUGGCUGGAGUGAAGAGGGUAAAGAGGAACGCGAGAUGUCGUACGGACCGAUGAAAGAAGCCCUUUUGGCACAUUUCCAUGAUGUUCCGGAACGCGGAACUUUCGCGUUCUCGUUCCGGGUGCAGGCUUGGGCCGGCUUUACUUGCCAAGGAAACGAAUUCUCGCAUUACAUGCUCCUCUCUUCCUACCUCAUCCUCAACAAAACAACUCAAGCAAAAUCCCACACUAUCUACCCUUAUAUCCAAACCUUUUCCAACGUUCAAAACCGGGAAACUCUCCUCCGAGCGAUAUCCAUCCCAGACGUCGUGCCCUCUCUCCCCCGCAACUCGGAUUUCUCGUUGGUUGCGGGUGAUUUCGAGGAGAUUUAUGGGAGUGGACAGGAGUUAGACGUGAACGGGGAGGAACUGCAGUCUGGGAUGUGGGAUGCGGUCUUAACUUGUUUUUUCAUUGAUACGGCGAAGAAUAUUGUAAACUAUCUCAGGACAAUACAUCGGAUUCUUGCUCCUAGUGGGGUAUGGAUUAACAUGGGCCCCCUAUUGUGGCAUUGGGAAAACAACACCACGAACGAUCCCUCUGUCGAGUUGGAUCUAGAAGAAGUCAAAGAGCUCGCUCGGAAAAUCGGUUUCCAGAUCUCUCACGAGAGGACGAUAGACGCUACGUACGUCACGAAUUCAGAAGGAAUGCUAGGAUAUACUUAUCGUGCGGCUUUUUGGACUGCGACGAAACUGUAG